ACCCUUCUGCCUCAGCUUCCCAGACGGCCGGAAUUUUAGGUAUACAUGCCCACCCGGCCAGGAUGUGCCCCUCACCCUCCUGCGGAAGUCGGGAAGGGGUUGUGUGUACAUGGUUGAACCUCAGGCAUGGGGUGGUGGCCAGGAGGGGCUCAGGGACAGAGGCGGCCACAGAAGACGUUGGUGGUGGUGGAGUUCACACAAGCACAGUGGGGAGAGAAGAACCAGGCAUAUCAGGGCAUCUGGACCGGCCCAAGGACCCACGGUACCUGAUGCUGUUGAUAAGGCCAGGAUGGCUUUAAACUCAGGGUCUCAGCCGGGCGUCGGACCUUACUACGAAAACCACGGGUACCAACCAGAGCACCUCUGCACCUCGCAGCCGCCCGGGGCGCCGGUCGUGUACCCACCCCAGUACUACCCCGCAGCCGUACCCCAGUACGCCCCGAGGGUCCCCCCACAUGCCUCCAAGCCCGUUGUCCUCCGGCAGCCCAAGGCCCCUGCGGGCAUUUGUGCCUCAAGGACCAAGCGGCUGCUGUGCCUCGUCCUGGCCCUGGGGGCCGUCCUGGUGGUCGUCGCGGUGGCCGCCGUCCUGCUGUGGAAGUUCCUGGAGAAACCCUGCGUGGGGUCGGGGAUGGAGUGCGGCAGCUCGGGGAUCUGCGUGAGCCCCUCGCUGUGGUGCGACGGCGAAGUGCACUGCCCCAGCGGGGAAGACGAGAGCGGCUGCGUUCGGCUGUACGGACCCAGCUUCAUCCUCCAGGUCUUCUCUCCGCAGAGCAAGUCCUGGUACCCCGUGUGCCAGGACGGCUGGAGCGACAGCUACGGGUGGGCGGCCUGCGCGGACCUGGGCUAUAAGAACAGCUUUUAUUCUAGCGGGAGAAUAAAGGACGACAGCGGGGCAACCAGUUUUAUGAAGCUGAACACAAGCGCGGGCAGCGUGGAUCUCUACAAGAAACUGUACCUCAGUGACGCCUGCUCGUCACACACCGUGGUCUCCCUGCGCUGCAUAGGUGAGUCUGCCAUCACCUUUCCUCCUUUUUCGUUCUUCUUGAACUCAUCACGUAGCCCAGGCUGGCUUCAAACUCUUGGUGAUCCUCCUGCCUCAGCCUCCCGAGUGUUGGGAGGACAGGCGGGCACCACCUCCAGGGCUUCCCUCUUUACUUCUUUAACUAGGAAACCUUCCAUCCCUUGGGGCCCCCCGGGGGGGCGGGGAGCACUCUCCCCUCUGCGCUGCGUUUUGGGGAUCCCGGGCCCCCCCGCCAGGCUCUCGGUGAAGCCGUCGUGUGCCCGUGUGCCCAGGCCGCUCAACAGCCCGCGGUACUGGACUGCGUUCGCGGGGACGCUGCGGCAGUCGGGCAUGUUCUACUGGGACGCGCACCAUGUGGAAAAAGUCAUCGCGCACCCCGAUUACGACUCCAGCACCAAGAACAACGACAUCGCUCUCUUUAAGUUGCAGUCGCCGCUGACUUUCAACGACAGAGUGAAGCCAGUGUGUCUGCCCAACCCUGGGAUGCAGCUGGACCCCAGGCAGGAGUGCUGGAUUUCCGGGUGGGGGGCCACCUUCGAGAAAGGGAAGACCUCGGAUGUGCUGAACGCUGCCUCCGUGCCCCUCAUCGAGCGCUCCACGUGCAACCACGUGCCCUACUACAACAACCUGAUCACGCCGGCCAUGAUCUGCGCGGGCUUCCCGCAGGGCACCGUGGACUCCUGCCAGGGUGACAGCGGAGGGCCGCUGGUCACUUUCCAGAACGGCAUCUGGUGGCUGAUUGGGGACACGAGCUGGGGGACCGGCUGUGCCAAGGCCUACAGACCCGGGGUGUACGGGAACGUGACCGUGUUUGCAGACUGGAUCCACCGGCAGAUGCGGGUGAACAGCUAAUCCCAGGGCUCCACCCUGAUGCCCAGCACGUGAGCACCAAGGCCGACGCAACUCCCAGCUGUGGCCCCUUCCCUCUUCUGAGCAGUGAUUGCUGACCGCACUGUCCCUGUCCUGUGCAGGCUCCAGCCUCUCUCCCCACCCGCUGUCCCUGACCCCUGGCCCAGAAGUGGGGGCCACUGGGUCCUUCGCCCAGCCUGUUCCGGGUGGGCCUGGAUGGUGGCCUCUCAGUGACCAGGUGGCCCGAGCAGGAAGGAGUCAGGCUGGGCAGCCCUCAGGGACAGAGAGGGCCACCUCAAGGGACAGCAAGUGAAAGCCUGUGGCCUGGCUCUCCACACACGGUUUGGUCUGCUGAUUGGUGGUGAGAGGGCAGGGGCACUGGGGCCUUUGCACUGAGCUAAAUCAUCCCCAGCCCUUUUUAAAUUUUUUAUUCUGAGGUAAGA